AUGAGCAGUAGAUACGAUGAUUUUAAAGAUUCGCAAAGUUAUUGGGAAAAUGUGUGUGUAAAGGCGAAUCAGGACGAGAUGAUUGAUGAUGAAACGUUGGAUAAAGCGCAAGAACUUACGCUAGCACAAUCAUACGACCAUUACGAUAUUGGACAUGGUGAGUUGGUUUAUAAGGGUCAAAUAUCUGGUUAUUAUAUGGUGGAUGACAUUGGUGUGGCUGUUGUUCCCAGUUUGAGUUCUGUAAAUGCAAACCCAAUACCUUUCGAUCCAAUUUCAACUGAUCCACCACCACCAAUAUUUCCUACACAAGAACACACUCAGCCACCUUUUAACAUCGAUACCAGUUCAACAUCUAAACCUAUAGAAACUAAUAAAUGGUAUGUAAAUAUGAUGUUGGACAAAGGUCAAAAUCCCAUUUGGCCAUUACCAUAUGGAUUACGUUGGGAAAAUAAUCAACCCGGUCAAACUGAUGGAUUUUUUGGAACGAGACGUUUGUAG